AAUGACUCAGUUACCACUCUAAAUUUUUAUGUGGUGAUUUUUUCCUCUGCGGGAGAUGUCAUUCCAAUAUGAUCAUGCAACUCAUGCCUUUUCCUCACUCUCCAAAACAGAAAAAUGUCGGCAACAACUUUACAGUAGACGUUACAGUUAAACAACCCCCACUCCACAGUCUCUCUCUCUCUCCUCGAGAAAAAGAUUUGAUUGGCAGGCACAAACAGCGCCCCCCAAAAAAAUCAAAUCAAAUCACGCUGGAUUCUCAGUCAAAUUUCUUAAUUCGUUUCAACUUCCCUUAAACCCUAAUUUUUUAAUUUUAUUCUUCUUCUUCUUCUUCAAGAUAACCCGCCAUUCUUUUCUCUCUUUCAAAUUGCAGAAGCUUUGAAAUCACUCAAAAAUCAGCACUUUUUAGCAGUGUUCAAAGCAAUUUUUGCAAACAAAUUGAGUUAAUUGAAGCUUAGUUACAGAAACUGAAGUGAAAAAAUGUCGUUUUUCAUGGGUUUAUUCAUGGGUACUAUAGUGGGUCUGUUGAUUAUCGUCGCUUUUGUUCGUUGUGAAAAUGCCAGAUCCAAAUCUCGCUCUCAACUGGCGGCGACGAUUGCGGCGUUUGCGAGAAUGACAGUGGAAGAUUCUAGAAAGUUGCUUCCUCCUCCUUACUAUCCUUCUUGGGUUGUCUUCUCUAAUCGUCAAAAGAUGAAUUGGCUUAAUUCCCAUCUUACCAAACUUUGGCCUUUUAUUGAUCAGGCAGCAUCAGAGCUAAUAAGGGAAUCAGUGGAGCCACUACUAGAGCAAUAUAGACCAAUUAUAUUGUCUUCCUUAAAAUUUUCCAAGUUCACUCUUGGAACUGUUGCUCCUCAAUUUACAGGUGUUGCUAUCAUUGAAGACGAAAGUGAAGGUGUUACCAUGGAGUUAGAAAUGAACUGGGAUGGAAAUCCGAGCAUCAUUCUCGAUAUUAAGACUAGGCUUGGUGUAUCGCUUCCUGUGCAGGUAAAAGAUAUCGGAUUCACAGGUGUAUUCAGGCUGAUCUUUAAGCCUUUAGUUCCAGAGUUUCCAGGUUUUGGAGCUGUCAGCUUCUCUUUGAGAAAAAAGAAAAAGCUGGAUUUGACUCUGAAGGUUAUUGGUGGAGACAUUUCUGCAAUCCCAGGGCUGUCUGAUGCUAUUGAGGGCACAAUAAGGGACGCAAUUGAAGAUUCUAUCAUGUGGCCUGUUCGGAAAAUCAUCCCCAUUCUGCCUGGGGACUAUAGUGACUUAGAAUUAAAGCCUGUUGGGAUGCUGGAGGUGAAGCUUGUGCAAGCUAAAGAGCUGACAAAUAAAGAUCUGAUCGGAAAAUCAGAUCCCUUUGCUGUUUUAUAUGUACGACCCACACGUGAUAGGACAAAGACCAGUAAGACAAUUAAUAACCAGUUGAAUCCAAUCUGGAAUGAACACUUUGAAUUCAUAGUUGAAGAUAAAUCUACCCAACACUUGGUGGUUAGAAUUUAUGACGAUGAAGGUCUUCAGGCGGCUGAACUUAUAGGCUGUGCUCAGGUCCAGCUAAAAGAUCUUGAGCCUGGUAAAGUGAAGGAUGUGUGGCUCAAACUAGUCAAAGAUUUAGAGGUUCAGAGAGAUGCUAAAAACAGAGGGCAGGUACACGUAGAGCUUUUAUACUGUCCUUUUGGUGCAGAGAACGGUGAUGCAAAUCCUUUUGCGGCCUCUAUGACUUCUUUGGAGAAAGUUCUUAAAACUGGAGAAGAUGGGAAUCAAGAAGUCGAAAAUAGCACCAGUCUUGCUCCGAAGAGAAGGGAGGUUAUUGUCAGAGGAGUGUUGUCUGUAACAGUGAUUUCCGCUGAUGACUUGCCUGCAGCAGAUUUAAUGGGAAAGUCAGAUCCUUAUGUGAUACUUACUAUGAAAAAAUCUCAAACAAAAAACAAAACUAGAGUUGUGAAUGAAUGCUUGAACCCAGUAUGGAACCAAACAUUUGACUUCCUUGUUGAGGAUGGGCUUCAUGACAUGCUAAUGCUGGAAGUAUGGGAUCAUGACACAUUCGGGAAGGAUUAUAUGGGAAGAUGCAUCUUGACAUUGACGAGGGUUAUACUUGAAGGGGAAUAUAGAGAAAGUUUCCCGUUGGAUGGAGCAAAAACGGGUACUGUGAGUUUGUUUUUGAAAUGGUCGCCUCAACAUGUCUAUCGUGACUAAGAAACUUGAGAUUCGGCUGUACAUUAUAUAUGCUGCUGCUCCUCUGAGUUUGUACAAAAGGGAUCAGCAAAUAGAAGUUGCAUCGAAGCAAAGUAAACAUUUGAAUUUUGUUAUGUCCCUCCAGCAGCAAUAGAGUGCUGUAAACUGUGUAAAGUUGUUUAUUUGAUGUAAAUUGUUGAAACUUGAAAGAAAAAAGUGGCAGUUUUGUUCCUCGAA